AUGUCGCGUGACUACAAGGAUGGCCUCCGCCUCUUUCGGCUGGGUUUCCUGGCUGUCCCCACGAAAUGCCCGUGGCUCUGACGUCUGGGACUCGUGUUGGUCGUAACGUUCCUUCGCUCAGGCUCUGAGGCUGAGAGCUUUCGCAGAAUUCGGCGCUUGAGGCGCUGUGUGGUGCACGCGGCCGCGGCGCCUUGGCCCUGGAAUCCGCCUUGGCCUCCGUACCUGUCAGACGCCGCAGUUCUGAGUCGUCGGGCGCGCACCGCUCUGUUCUUGUGGUCUGCGCGGCCCUGGCGGUAGUGGUUGCUGUCUUGUCUCCCAGCCUCAGUGAGAAUUCGCGAGGCGCUAUUUGAUCCUCAGUGUGCUUACCUGGUGUCUCGCUCUACUCCCUUUGGAGUCUUUCACUAGACGUCUCCACCACCCACCGGCACCUGCUGACCCACACUCCAGAGAGGCGAUCGAUCUUCCUCCUUUGCCUUUGUGCUAUCAUCUGGGCCGCCACAGUUUGAACAAUCUGAUAUACUUCAGGAACCUAUAUACCUGGUUGCUUUAUGGUCCUUUUUAUCCAGACUCUAAAUAAUUUUUCUAACCACCCUAUUUUAAUUUUCACCUGAACCUACUUGACAUGGCCGUGACCCCUCUCCUGGACUAGAGAAUCCCUGCUCAAUCUCGACCCAAUGCAAGUGUCUCUUUUCCUGUGAAACUUCUCAGACCCAUUCGGUCAUUGUUGCUUACUUUCCCCACUCGUGCCCUCCCACAAUCUAGUACAUAGCUCUUAUAUAAUUCUUGAUCCACAUUUGUCUUCCGUACUAGGCCAAAUUCCUUAAUGGCUCAGGAAUAUUUUCUUUUAUCCGUGUACUCCCAGUUCCUGGCAUAUAGUACGUGUUCAACAAAUUAGUGACCGGAUGUAACUACUCUCACUUCCCUGUCUUCACUAAGUGGAAGAGCCAUCUCUAAAAUCUCAACCAGUGUUCAAAAUCCCAUUCUUUCAAUUACUCUGUGUGUGUAAUUAUUUAUUUUCUCUGCCUUGUUCCUGUCAGCUAAAAUGCAUUUUAGUGAAAAUAUCCUAAGUUCUCCCUGAACUGUCUUCUACCUACUACCCUGGCUUUUUCCUUUUCAGUCAAACUCCCCAAAGUGAAGUCUAUGAAUUCUGUGCAUUUCCCAUUCAUUGUUUAAUCCACUGCAAUCUAGCCCUCAGCCACACUACUUCAAUGAAAUUGCUCUUCACACCUCUGCCAGGUUAAUCUUCCCAAAACGUAACUUUGAUCCUUUCAACUUCUUGAUCAAAAAGUUGUAUAGCUCCCUAUUACCAACAGACUACGGCCCAUGUGCCUUUCCAAACCAACCUCAGCUUUUCCUCUUAUACCAGCUUUCUACUGUAGCCAAACUUGGUACAUCCCUUCUGCCUUUUGGCCUGUGCUGGUGCCAUUUCUCAUGCCUAUAGUGCUCAUCUUAUUCCUGAACAGAUAUCCUGAAUCUCUCUCAAACUUUAAGGCCAACCUUAUAUUCUGCUUCUUCCCAGAACACUCCAGUACAGAGUGAUAAUAGCCAAAUACACCUUGCAGUUUACAAAUUGCUUCUGCCUGAGAGGUUAACACUACCAGCCCCAUUUUAUGAACGAGAAUGAAGGAAUUGAGGCACAGAAGGUUGAGUGACUUAUCAGAGGCUACAGAGCUGCCAAGAUAUAGGGCCCGGGCCUACCUAGCCUUUAGUCUUAUCUUUCCAGAUCUGCUUUUACCUCAGUGACCACUCCCUCUAUGACCUCACAGUAUUAUGGUGUUCAUCACUCCUUCAGUCCUCAAUCACAUACUGCCUGUGGUCAACAAAAAGAGGGGUCUUGAGAGUCAGGGGCCAAGUCUAAAAAGAGAUCACCCUGUACUUGACAUUGAAGCUGGCCAGUAAGUACACAGGGAUGAACUGAGCUACCUGGAAACUACCCUUGGGAACAUGGUCUGUGAAUGGAGAACUGCUCCGAGUGCAAGGAGAAGAGGGCAGCACACAUCCUCUGCACCUACUGCAACCGCUGGUUGUGCAGCUCCUGCACGGAGGAGCACCGGCACGGCCCAGCCCCUGGGGGCCCGCUCUUUCCCCGGGCCCAGAAGGGCCCACCAGGAGUAAGUGGUGGUUCUGGGGAUUUCGCCUUGUACUGUCCUCUACACACACAGGAAGUGCUCAAGCUAUUCUGUGAGACUUGUGACGUUCUAACAUGCCAUAGCUGCCUCAUGGUGGAACACAAAGAACACAGGUGUAGACAUCUUGAAGAAGUUUUGCAAAACCAAAGGAUGCUUCUGGAAAGUGUGACUACACAGGUGGCUCACAAGAAAUCUGGUCUACAGACAUCUGCAAAACAAAUUGAGGACAGGAUUUUUGAAGUGAAGCAUCAACACAGGAAGGUGGAAAACCAGAUCAAAAUGGCCAAGAUGGUUCUGAUGAAUGAACUGAACAAACAGGCCAAUGGGCUCAUAGAGGAGUUGGAGGGCAUUACUAAUGAGAGAAAGCGGAAGCUGGAGCAACAGCUACAGAACAUCAUGGUUCUCAACCGUCAGUUUGAACAUGUGCAGAACUUCAUCAAUUGGGCUGUGUGCAGCAAAACCAGUGUUCCUUUCCUGUUCAGCAAAGAGCUGAUUGUGUUUCAGAUGCAGCGAUUGCUGGAGACAAACUGUAACACAGAUCCUGGCUCCCCUUGGAGUAUCAGAUUCACCUGGGAGCCUAACUUCUGGACCAAGCAACUGGCUUCCCUUGGCUGUAUAACUACUGAAGGUGGACAGCUGUCCCGGGCAGAGACUCCUGCCUAUGGAGGCUUACAGGGACCGCCAUCCUUUUAUCAAAGCCACCAGUCCCCGGUGGCACAGCAAGAGACUCUCAGCCACCCCUCACAUAAGUUCCAGUCUCCAGCACUGUGUUCCUCAUCUGUGUGCUGCUCCCACUGCUCCCCAGUCUCACCCUCCCUCAAAGGCCAGGUCCCCCCACCCAGCAUACACUCAGCUCACAGCUUCAGACAACCCUCUGAGAUGGCACCCCAACAGCUGGGGUCUCUGCAGUGCCCUACUCUGCUGCCCAGGGAGAAAGAGCUGGCUUGCAAUCCUCAGCCACCGAAGCUGAUGCAGCCCUGGCUGGAAACGCAGCCCCCCGCGGAGCAGGAGAACGUGUCCCAGCGGCCGGGGCAGCAGCUGACUUCCCAGCCCGUGUGCAUUGUGCCCCCGCAGGAUGUUCAGCAAGGAGCCCAUGCCCAGCCCCCCUUACAGACACCCUCUAUCCAAGUCCAGUUCGGCCACCACCAGAAGCUGAAGCUCAGCCACUUUCAGCCACAGCCACAGCAGCAGCUGCCACCUCUGCCACCUCCACCACCCCCAUCCCAGCAGCCGCCACCACCACCUCUACCUCCAUCUCAGCACUUGGCUCCCAGUCAGCAUGGGAGCCCUCAGGGGCCUGCCUGCUCCCAGAACAUGGAUAUAAUGCACCACAAAUUUGAGCUGGAGGAGAUGCAGAAGGACCUGGAGCUUCUUCUUCAGGCCCAACAGCCCAGCCUGCAGCUGAAUCAGACCAAAUCUCCUCAGCACCUCCAGCAAACCAUUGUGGGGCAGAUCAACUACAUUGUGAGGCAGCCAGCACCCAUCCAGUCCCAGAGCCAGGAGGAUGCCGUGCAGGCUUCAGAUGAGCCCCCAGCAUCUGAAGGUCCAAAGCCGGCUCUCCCUCUUGACAAGAAUACUGCUGCUAACUUGCCCCAGGCAUCCGGGGAAGAAACCCCUCCCAGUGUCCCCCCACUGGACAGCACCAUCCAGCACUCCUCUCCGAAUGUGGUGAGAAAGCACUCCACUUCGGUGAGCAUCAUGGGCUUUUCCAACACACUGGAGAUGGAGCUGUCAUCUACCAGGCUGGCAAGGACCCUAGAGCCACAGAUCCAGAGCAUGAGCAGCCUGCCUGCUGCCCCUUCCCACAUGGUACCAAGCCUGCUGAGUGGCACCCCCACAACUGUGUCCAGCCUGAUGAGCGUUCAAAACCAAGCAAUGCCCAGCCUGACAGUUAGUCAUCUGCAGACCAUACCCAGCCUUGUGCGUGGCACACCCCAGGCCAUGCCCAGCCUGAUGAGUGAUUCCUCCCAGGCCAUCACAAGCCUAGCAAGUGAUCACUCGCAGGUCAGGCCCAACCUGAUGCCUGGUCCCACCCAGGCUAUGCCAAGUCUGGCAACUUGUCCUCUGCAGAGCAUGCCUCCAGCUUCUGACUUGCAACCGGAAACUGGGUCCAGCUGCAGUCCUGGCUCUGGAAGAGCUGUAGGGAGCCUGUGCCCUGGAGAUGGGGCCGACUCCUCUCUUGCGAAUGCCCAGUGUAAGAUGGAAAAUGAGGAUUCUACCCUCUUCACGGACUCUCUGGGACAAGACUCCAGAACCCCUGGUCUGGAUGCUUCCAAGGAUUUGGAUAUCCCUUCAGAACUGGAGGAGCCAAUUAACCUCUCUGUGAAGAAACCCCCACUGGUCCCAGUGGUCAACACAUCCAUGGCUCUGCAGCAGUACCGGAACCCAAAAGAGUAUGAGAAUUUUAAAGAAGGAGCCCUGGAACUGGAUGCAAAAAAGAACCAGAAUAUCAGGCUCUUCAACAGCAAGCCUAAGAUUCCCUAUGUGCGACUGGAGCGGCUCAAGAUCUGUGCUGCCUCCUCGGGAGAGAUGCCUGUCUUCAAGUUGAAGCCUCAGAAGAAUGAGCAGGAUGGGAGUUUUCUGCUGAUCAUCGAGUGUGGCACUGAGUCCUCCAGCAUGUCUAUUAAGGUCAGCCAGAACAACAUGCCUGAUGCCAUCCAGGCCCCAAGUCUGGGGGGAAGAAAGGUCACUGUCACUUCUCUGGCGGGGCAGCAGCCACCAGAGGGGGAGGGUGCAUCUCCUGAAGAACAAAGACUCAUUCCUCGGGCCCCUGGAGCCAAGAAGGGGCCCCCAGUACCAAUAGAGAACGAGGACUUCUGUGCUGUGUGCCUCAAUGGGGGAGAGCUGCUGUGCUGCGAUCGCUGCCCCAAAGUGUUCCACCUUUCCUGCCACUUGCCGGCCCUGCUCAGCUUCCCCGGGGGAGAUUGGGUGUGUACCUUGUGCCGCAGCCUGACCCAGCCCGAGAUGGAGUACGACUGUGAGAAUGCCCGCUAUAACCAGCCUGGAAUGCGGGCCACUCCUGGCCUGAGCAUCUAUGACCAAAAGAAGUGUGAAAAGCUGGUACUGUCGUUGUGCUGCAAUAGUCUCAGCCUGCCCUUCCACGAACCUGUCAGCCCGCUGGCUCGGCAUUACUACCAGAUUAUCAAGAGGCCCAUGGACCUGUCGAUCAUUCGGAGAAAGCUGCAAAAGAAGGACCCAGCUCACUACACCACCCCAGAGGAGGUGGUGUCAGACGUCCGCCUCAUGUUCUGGAACUGUGCAAAGUUCAAUUAUCCCGACUCAGAGGUUGCAGAGGCUGGCCGCUGCCUGGAAGUAUUCUUCGAGGGCUGGUUGAAGGAGAUCUACCCGGAGAAACGGUUUGCCCAGCCAAGGCAGGAGGACUCAGACUCUGAGGAGGUGUCAAGUGAGAGUGGUUAUUCCACUCCGCAGGGCUUCCCGUGGCCCCCCUACAUGCAGGAGGGCAUCCAACCCAAGAGGCGGCGGCGACAUAUGGAGAAUGAAAGAGCAAAAAGAAUGUCAUUCCGCCUGGCCAGCAGCAUCUCCCAGGUGUGAGAGCUGGCGGUACAGCGAGCACUCUGGCAGCUGGCACCCCAUCCUGUUGACCACUCCUCCCCACCUUUCAGCUCAUUCUCUUCAGAUCGUGGAUGUGAGACGAGUCUUGUCGAGCUGUGUAGUGCUCUUCUUUGCCGUUUGCAUCUUACAACAUUCAUUUGGGAGCCGUAGUGCAUCCACUACAGAGAAGAUUUUGGUAAUAAACAGCAAAGAGGGAGGUGUUAGUCCCUAUUACCAGAAAAAUCA